AUGGAUAUAUCGAGUGGAUUUCGAGUGGAUAGUGUCGUGGAGCCGUUCAAGGACACGGUGGAUACAACAACGGGUGACCACAAGGACGCUGUUAAAGACAUGAACCUAGGCAAAUGGCACAUCGGAAGGGACGUCCAAUAUGGCAGCGAGUUCCUCGAUUUUCGUGAGAAUUUGUGGUUGCACUCCAGUUCCAUUACCGGCGCUCUUUUUGCUCUAAGGGAAACGUACGAAGAAGUUGGCAUUGUCAAUCCGAGGUUUUUGGACUUUGAUACGAUGGAGCAACGGUGUCCGACGGCCCGAUCAUUUGGAGCAGCGGACCCUGGUAUCAAGAGCGUCGUCAGUAUCGUCAAUCUCGGCUACCACUGGGGUGCAUUCUCUAUUGACGUACACCAAAAGCGAAGCUUUCUAUUCGAUCCGUUGCAGUUGCAGAGCAACCUGACUUCACUGAAAAACGCGGUACGCACAGUUGUGGAGACGAUGCUGAACAUGACAGACCGGAUCCAAUUUGACGUUAUCUCCGGGUGUAAGCAGAUGGACAACUCUUCCUAUGGGUUAUGGUGCUUGGUAGUGCUUGAGCUACUAUUGUUUGGAGCAACACUGGAGAAUUGGAGUGAUUAUUGGAGUGAUUUUAUUUACGAAGAAGUGAUGUACUUGCGAAUGAGCUACUUGCACAAAGUGAUUCGGCUUCAGGGCCACUUGAGUGUAGAUAUCGACGAAGUUAGUGAGUGA